GUGGAAACUCAGUGAUCUUCGGCAGCAGAGCUCGAAGCAUUUGGAGCACGGCGAGCCCGGCCAAGCGCGGCUCACGUCUCAGAUCAGUGAGUGCGAGACGGGCCAUGCGAUACUUCAGGCCUUGGAAGCCUCAGAGGUGCCAAACGUGGCACACAUCACCGCAGCCUUGAGGAGGUGCCGGAAACUGGAUGCCAGCGAUGCUGCAUCAGAUGUUCUGGAGCUCAUGAGACACAGGAACAUCCGCCCGGUCGUGGCGAUUGCUGUCGAGAUGGCCGCCCU